UGGCCCGGAAAGGCUGAAAGUUUGGGCGGCGGGUCCAAGCUCCUCCCUUUGCUCGGGAGCAGCGGGAAAGGGUACAGAGGCGCGGAGCUGGCGGGCGGCGGGAUGCGGCGGGUCACCCGCCUGAGCCCCCCAUGACCUGCACUAAAGAUGCGCGGCUGCAGCUGGGCCGGGAAGCCCUGCAAGCGGCGCCUACGCUGCUGGUCCCCGCGGUGCUACUGGGUGGCGUUCUCGGCCUAGGCCUUGGCUUGUGGCUUGGCUGUCGCGCGAGCCACUUGCGCGCGCGGCUCCAGAAAGAUGACAGGAAACAUCUGCUCAGGAGUUCAGAGCCCCCUGCACAGAGCCUACGGGACACUGGCUCUCAAGCCAGGAGGCGCCAGAGAGAAACCACUCGGGAUGAAGAUGCCCCUGAGGUGUGUGAGCCAUCCUUGAGUGGCAACAUCACGGCAUUUGCACUGAAAGCCAGAGUUGUCUAUCCCAUCAACCAGAAGUUCCGGCCUCUGGCGGACGGAUCCUCCCACCCAUCGCUGCAUGAAAACUUGACACAGGUGGCGGCCAUCCUGCCCCACCUGCCCCACCAGCCAGCAGAGGCCUCGCCAGCCAGCAGCCUGGGCAGCCUGAGCCAGGCUGGCAAGGAGGAUGCCAGCUCCUCCUCUAGCAUGCGGUCAACCUACAGCGACGACCGGGUCCUCCAGUAUGCCUUCCUCCGGGUGGGCAGAUUCCCUGAGAUUCUGGCCUGUGAGAGUGUAGACAUUGACCUGUGUGUCUGCAGCCUUCACCUGAAAGACCUGCUUCAGGUAGACACGGCGCUGAGGCAGGAGAAGCACCUGAUGUUCAUUCAGAUUCUUAAAGCAUGCCUCCUGGAUUUUUUUCCUAAAAAGAAGCCUGAUGAUGAAUUAUACCAGAAGAUUCUUUCCAAACAAGAGCGUGAUUUGGAGGAACUAGAAAAGGGACUUCAGGCCAGGCUGGCGAACACAGAGAUGUUAGGCACCGGCGACUCCGGCUAUGUUUCCCUGGCAGAUGUGGAGAGGAAGGAGAGAGAGCUCUCGGAGCAGCUCAUAGACAAUAUGGGGGCUUUCUGGAAGCAAAUGGAAAGCAUCCAGCCCAUUCUCAUGGACCAGUUCAAGUGUUCCAGCUCCAAAGCUCGGCAGUUCAUGAUGACUCUGACGGGAAGAAUGAUUGUCGCUGAAGGACUGCUGCAUGAUUCUCAGGACCUGCAUGUCCUGGACACCCUCGAGAGGACAAUGGGUCGAGCCCACAUGGCAAGAAUGGUUGAGUUCCUGAGGACCCAGAUCCAGGAGGAGACCAAGUGCAGACUUGCUGCCAUCUCCCGUGGCCUGGAGCUGCUGACUGUCCAGGGGCAGCUGUCUGGGAGGCAGAAGGAGGAACUCCUGACUCAGCAGCACAAGGCCUUCUGGGAGGAGGCAGAGCACUUUGGCAGGGAAUUCAUGCAGCGGGGCAAAGACCUGGUCCAGGCGUCUCAGGCUCGCCAGGCAGAGGCAUCAGCAGAGCUCACACAGACCCAAGAAGAGGAACGGAGGAGUUUCCUGGCUGAUUCCCAGCUGACCUCAGAUCCCGGGGAGUUCCUCAAGGCUUUUCAUGAUGUCCUGGAGAGGCAGCGGCUGACAAGGAGUGACCAGGAGGGAGAUGAGGACACCCGGAUCACUGAGGCCAUGGCUGCGCUCUGCCAGGAGCUGUACUGUAGCACCAUGGGAACCUUCCAAAAGUUCGUGGACUCCUUGUUCCUGAAGACCCUUCCAGAAGUGAGCAGCCUCCCUGUGGCAGAAUGUGAGGCCCUGCGGCAACAGGUCCAGGAGCAGGCAGCAAGGCAGCUGGGACAGGCGGACCGAUUCCGCAGACGACAGUGGGGACUCCUAUGUGAUCUCUUGGAGCAGGACAAACGGGUAUGGCUGGAGGAGGGUACCCUGUCCACGGUGCUGCAGAGGCAGCUGCGGGAUCACCAUGAGAGCACCAUCCAAGGCGUCCUGAGCCGAUUCAGUGGCCUUUCCGAAGAGUCCACGCGAGGCAUCCUGCAGGGCCACGAGCUGCUGCUCUGCUCUGCUCUGCGCAGACUGGCCCUCCGAGGCACCACCAUCACUGCCCUGGCUCAGAUGCGGCUGUCUGGGAAGAAGAGGCUCCUGCAGGAGCUACAUGAGCAGCUGGCGUUAGAGCAGGGUGUGUCCCCGUGCCUGGAGGAGCAUCAGUGGCAGCUGCUCAGAGCCCUGGAGGCGCGGAUCCAGGAGGAGGCAGCCAGGUUGGAGGAUGAGGCGCAGCAGACCAGUCUGCGGCUCCAGCAGCAGCUGUUGGCGGAGGCACAGGAGGCAGGGCGGCUGCUACAGCUGCACUCGGAGCGGGCCAUUGGGCAGGCGCUGCUGGUAUAUGCUAGGAAUGCGGCCAGCAAAGGCCGGACCAGGGAGAAGGAAGACUUUAAGAGGACGCUGGUGGAGACGGUGGUGGAAAGUGUGUAUGUGACCAGCACUAGUGUCAACCGCCUCGUGCAGGUGCAUUACCAGGGCAUUGGGAAGCUCCUGCAAGCCCAUGAGGAACAAUUGCUGCAGCGCCUGAAGACCCUGCAGGGGGAGAGAAUCAAUGCUUACAAGCUGUGGAAGAAGCAAGAAUUCAGUGACCCGUCGUCGGAGAGUCAAACAGCGGAUGGUACCCACGGAGCUUCUCAGGCGGUACAGCAGAGGAUGCUAUCGCAGCAGAAGAAGCUCCUGGACCAGCUCACAAAGCACCAGCAGGGCCGUCUGAAUGCUCAGAGGCAGAAGGCACACGAACUGGACCAGCUGGAAGCCCAGCUUGAGACCCAGCUGCAGGAAGCUGAGCAGACCCUUAUCUCAGAGCUAGCGACAUUGGCCCGAGUACCCCUACCUGAGAACAAGCCAUUCUCCAACAAGCGAGGACUGCCAGAGAAGCCAGUAAGGACCAAAAGGAAGAAGCCCCCACCUCGGGAGAGAGAGGACCUGGGGCUACCCAACAAUGACCACCUUGCCUUGGCCGACCACACCACAGGACCACUCAGGUGUGAGGGGUUCCAGCCCACUGCCUUUCUCCUGCCCCCCGUCAAGUGUCUGGAGUCUGGGAAUGAUUCUUCUCAAGCGGCGGAAGGCUGGGUCAGCAGGACAGCGAAGCUGGUGAUGGAGAAAGCACAAGGAAGAUACUGCAGAAAAGAAGCAAUCUGUAACUGGAGCCCUGCUGAGAUGGGUCUGCCACACACCUCACUUCCUCUGAGUGACUGUGGGGACAGAAGAGAGGAGAUGCCACCUGCCUUAGAGAGUGAAGAUGGCAAGACAACAGCACCAAGUGCCUGGGAUCAUUGGAGAUGGUGGGGACAUGCCUUGAGAAUGUAGCAUCUCCGCUGUCACCUCUUUUUGGUCCUCUUGCCCUUUUCUCCUCUCUAGGGAGGGCCCUCUACCCUCACCCUCCAGUCUCACACAGAAUCUUGGUGCUGCCUAGCAGUCUGAUUGGAGAUUGGAGACCUCUGAUUCCAGCAUGCAGGAAGUCCUGCCCGUCAGGGUCUUAGCAUGGCUGUUAUUUUCCCGGCCUGAGGCCACUGGUUCACCUCCACUGCUCCACAGUCAUCUCCUGUCCCUGGCUCUGGCUGCCAGGGUCCCAACCAGGACCAACUUUUGGCCUUGUUAUUUCUAUCUGUUGGCUCAGGUCGUCCUGGGGCCUGGUCACUCAAGGAUGUGUGAGUCCCAGGGCCAAUGUUCUUGGCAUAGCCACGGAGUUCCCCUGACUAUGUUCUGAACCACUCAGAACAUGGGGACCACCCUUGCCUGUCACAUACCACAAGAAUUCCUCUGUGGGCAGGGAGGGCAUAGAAAGAUGCUGUUCCUACCAUCAGGCUUCACUGAGGAGAGGAAACUUCACCUGAGGAGAUGCUUACAGAUCACCUGCUCCUUCUGAGGGAUGAUGAGGGCUUCCAUAAGCUUUCAAACCAGCCGCACUUGCCCCACAGGCCAGAGGCCUUUCCCAUUCAGGGGGCUAUCUCUUCCAAGAGCAGCAUCAAAGAUUCCCAGUCAUCGCUGCCAACGUUUGGGUAUGAUCACUCAUUGUUCGGGUGUGAACGUUGCUGAUGCCAAGGAUGGAGUCUCUCGUGUCAGAGGCAGACCCACGUGGAGCUGGGAGGUUGUGGGUAGCACACACUGUUACGUUUGAGAUGAGAGCUGUCACUCAGUGAAAACACACCUUCAGGUUCGCUGUUCUUGGGCAACACCUCCCAAGGAACACCAGCAUGUCUAGGAGUGAUGCCUGAGGCCAAGAGAGCACUUGGCUGGGGCAGCAGCCAAGCUUCCUUCUUCCUUCCCUUCUUCCAUUCCCCACCACCUGUGCCUUAACCUCCUUGUACAUAAGCCAACCCUGGCUCACCCUGAAUAAAGAGCUCUACCCCAGGAGUUGUUCUUGGCUGUUUC